GAGGCGGACGAGUCGUUGAAGGGGCAAAUCAAAAUGGCGAGCCAAGAGGAAUCUGUGAGGGAGUUCGUCGCUGUUACUGAUGUUGAUGAGGAGAGGGCCCGGUUUUUCCUGGAGUCCGCCGGCUGGAAUCUGCAGCUCGCCCUCGCCAGUUUCUUUGAGGAUGGAGCUGAUGACGACAUAGUGACGCUUCCUCAACCUGAGGGAGGCUCCUCAGUGUCCCGGUCUGCAGGGCCAAGCUCUCAGCCCAGAGUGACCUCCUUCAGAGAUCUGAUGCAUGAGGCAGAGGAGGAGAGUGAUGAGGAGGAAGGCCAAAGGUUUUUUGCAGGGGGGUCAGAGCGCAGUGGGCAGCAGAUCGUUGGGCCCCCCAAGAAGAAGAGCUCCAAUGAAGUGGUGGAAGAUCUGUUUAAAGGAGCCAGAGAACAUGGAGCUGUGCCUCUGGACCGGAGCGGGAGAGGGCCAGGCGAGCCCAGUAGAGCUAAGGCCUUCGUAGGUGGAGGUUACAGGCUAGGAGCAGCUCCUGAGGAGGAGUCAACCUAUGUGGCUGGAGAGAGGCACGCCUCCAACAGCCAGCAGGAUGUACACGUGGUGCUUAAACUGUGGAAGACAGGUUUCAGUCUGGAUAACGGUGAACUCAGAAACUACAGCGAUCCUGGAAAUGCCAACUUCCUCGAGGCAAUCAGAAGGGGGGAGAUUCCCCUGGAGUUGAGGCAGCGGUCUCGAGGAGGCCAGGUCAACCUGGACAUGGAGGACCACAGGGAUGAGGACUUCUCCAAACCUAAGAUGGCCUUCAAGGCCUUUGGAGGUGAAGGACAGAAGCUGGGAAGUGCCACCCCAGAGUUGGUUGUAGCUCCGGCCACCUCCCAGCAGGACCAGGCUGCCAACGAGGCCCAAGCCAGCGCCUCUGUGACCUUGGACCCCUCCCAGCCCGUCACUAACAUUCAGAUCCGACUGGCCGAUGGCGGCAAGCUGGUCCAAAAGUUCAACCACACCCACAGGGUGUCUGACGUGCGCCAGUUCGUGGUAGCGGCUCGGCCCGCCAUGGCUGCCAGAGAGUUUGUUCUCAUGACCACCUUCCCCAACAAGGAGCUGUCGGACGAGAGCCAGACGCUGCAGCAGGCCAACCUCCUCAACGCCGUCAUUGUCCAGCGGCUAAAGUGAGGGGGGGUAGAGUAAGGUCUAUCCCUGGUGGUGUGGCUGAGUACUGCAGCCAUGUGAAACCUGCUGCCCCUUCUGAGGGAGGAGAAAACACGGACUUAUGUAUGGACUUCUAAUUUCUGAUUUUUGUUUUUCUAAAGUGAAAUGUAACAUUCUGCUCCCCCAGACCCCCCUCCCUCCACUCUUACUCUACACCCCUGUGCGGUCUGUGACAGGCAGUAAUCAGGGGGGAAACUAAAAAUCUUCCAAAAUGGAGCAGAGUUCUCUCAGAGUUCUGUAAAGCUGCAGAUGCUGUUGGAUUGCGGUUGUGAUGGGGACGUGUUUACCUGACAGCAGGAGAUGGUUUAACCCAAAAACACAGCAGCAGUCCAGCUUUUCUGACGAGCAGUUGGGUUGCAGAGAUGCUCACUAAACCUGGCUCUAUUUUUCAUUAACUUGCUCCCCCACUUUUCCUUUUCUAUUAACCUUCAUUUGGCCUCUUAGCUACGUUUACUAUCAGAUGCUGGAGCCUCGCUAGACCAGCGGCAGAUUCCCAGUUUGUUUCUGCCUCAGCAGCACAAACCAUAACCACAUUAGGAAUACUAGUCUUAUUAAAUUAGAAGUACAUGACAAUAGUGUGGUUUUGUAAGUUUUUCUUUUCUCUCCCAUACUCUUCUUGGAGAGAAAAGUGAAACAGUAUCACAAAACACUGAGGGUUUUUUUUUUCUCCAAACCAACCUAUACCAGUAGCCUUACUCUCCUUUAUCGACCUCCACUAACACACUCUUCCCUUUGUUCAAAUCAAGAUGGAAUUAUUUUUUUAAGCUGCCUUUUUUUCUCCUUUCUUUUUUCCUUUACAGAUUGUAAGAUUGUCCCAGUUACACACUUUGAUAUUGUGUAACAUUACAGCUACACAUGGCUUUAUUGUCAAACCAAUGGUCAAACAAAAGAAGAUAUAGAUUGUAAACUCUGGUUUGUAGUAGUGGAAGUUGAAUUCCUAUGACACUCUGACAUCUUCUAUGCAUCCUCGGGCAACACAGAAAUAUGUUUGGACCUCUGGUAAAAUAAAUCCAUUUUAUGGUUGAUGUAUAAAGAA